GAUUUUACUGAAAAUAGAUACGGAGUAGACGUAAAAGAAUUGUUAGCACUGUAAGUGCUAUGCGUAUAUAGUUUUUUUACAAAUGAAACGGAAGUAUCUAUUGAGAAAACAGUAGAAUAAGAUUUAAUAAUUGAACGAGAUUUCAUUUACUUGGAUAUGUCUGCACCUGAAGUAAUGAAUAAAGCCAAAGAAAAGCAAGAUGAGAUAUUAUCAGAAAAAGACAAUGAAAAAACAAUACCUACAAUAAAAUCACAGACGUUCUCUAGGGAAAGAAAAAGGAAGAUUGAAGUAAAUGAUAAAAGUCAUACACAAAUUAAAUACUCUCAAACUAAGGAACAUUAUUCAGAUAAAAAUUUAUCUAAGCGAGUAAAAUAUGAUGUCAAACAAAAUGUUAAUAAUACUUCAGCAGAUUUAACUACUAGUAACAGUGAGAAAACAAAAGAAUCAUCAAGCAAGGAAGAACACAUUGAAAAUGCAUUAUUAGUAGUAAAACAUUAUAAUUCAGUACUAAAUAAAGAUAGAAAUAAAAGCAGAAUUUUGUAUAUGAGAAAUUUUAACAAUUGGAUUAAAAGCAUGCUUAUACUGGAAUUUAUUAAUAAAACUCCAACUAAUUCCCGUUUAAAAGUGCUAGAUAUGUGCUGUGGUAAAGGAGGAGAUUUAUUUAAAUGGGAAAAAAUAAAUGCAGCACAUUUGAUCUGUACCGAUUUGGCUGAUGUAACUAUACAACAAUGUCAAGAUCGAUAUAAACAGAUGUCAAAAAGAUAUUCUGAAGAAAGAAGAUAUUUUCCUAUAUUCUCAGCAGAAUUCAUAACAGCUGAUUGUACAAAGGUUCGAUUGAGAUCAAAAUUUAAAGAUCCUAGUAUAUCACUUGACUUGGUUAGUUGUCAAUUUGCAUUCCAUUAUUGUUUUGAGUCACUACAACAAGCAGAAUGUAUGUUCAGAAAUGCAAGUGAAUGUCUUAAACCAGGAGGUUAUUUUAUUGGAACUAUCCCAAAUGCAUAUGAUCUAGUUUCUAGAUGGCAGAAGUGCGACGGUGAUGGUUUUGGAAAUGACAUUUAUAAUGUAGAAUUUUUUUGUGACAAAACAAAACCACCUCUUUUUGGUGCUAAAUAUCAUUUUCAAUUAGAAGGUGUUGUUAAUUGUCCAGAAUUUCUUGUCUAUUUACCUGUAUUUCGUAAACUAGCUUCAAAGUUUGAUUUAAAUUUAGUAUUAUUUGAAAGAUUUGACAGCUUUUAUGAACGUAUGAAAGAUGGGGAUAAAGGUAGAAUGUUACUUAGUAAAAUACAAAGUUUAGAAACUUAUCCACCUCGACGCGAGGUACAGCUUACUGGUAACCCUGAUAAAGAUUAUCAACAUGCUAAAGAAUAUUGCUCGCAAAAGACUUCGACUCGCCGUGAGAUUGGGACUUUAUCUCAAACAGAAUGGGAAGUUACUUCAUUAUAUGCAGUAUUUUCUUUUGAAAAAAUGAAACCUGGCUGGAAGCAACAUUAGAACAUGUAAAAUUAUAAAAAUUAGGAACCAUAAGAUGUUAAAUUUUUAAUAUAAAUUUAAGCACUGACUGUAUAUUGUACGAACUAGUCUGUUGCUAUAGAAAUACACAUGUAUGUCAAUACAGUA